AUGGCAUUGAUACAAGAACAACAAGAAAAAGUAACCUUAGAUCCCAAACCAGGGUUUGUAGUCAAGACCAAAAUCCUUGAAUCUAAGGAUCUUUCCCAAAUCUCGACCAAAGUGUUUAUAAACAUAUGUCAUGAUCAUCAAGUUCCUAAGCCAUCAAUAGACUUCACUCCAGAAGUUGUAUUUCCAUUAAUUAUCGACAAUCAAUGGGAGAUUCCCUUGAUUGUGUCCCAAGAAAAGAAAACUACUGAUAAGAAAGGGUUUCCUUCACUUGUUUAUGAUUGUUGUAUAAAUACUGACUGUUUCAAUUGGUGUCAGAUAAGUAAAGCUUUACGACUCAUUUUGAUUGAAUGGUGUAUUGAAUCAGUUGAAUUGUUAUAUCAGGUAGUUUUGGAAAGAGAAUAUUCGAUUCCAAAAAUGCUUAAUAAAGGUGAACUUUCACAUACUAUUGUUGGGAAAGAUGAAUUGGAAACUUCGGGGUUCCAAAAGAAACUUCAAGAAUUGAAGGAAAAUGAACAAUUGGGAUUGAUUCAAGAGAUGUCACUUGAUGAUAGCAAGGAGGAUGAAGCUGAUCAAGAGUUGCCAGAUUUAUUGAAUAUAAGUAGCCAGCCUUCAACCAAACGAAAAUUGAUUGAAGAAAUUGAAGAACCUCAAAUGAGUUCGCGUAUUGAAGAAGUUAAAUCGAAAUCUUCCAAGAUAGAGGAAGUCGAUCAAGGAGAAGAAGAAUUACUUAACUAUGAUGUAAGCUUCCGUAAGAUUGAAGAUCCGAAAUAUAAAUUAGCAAUUAUUUUCAAAUGUGAUCAAAUACCGAGUGGUGAAUAUCUUGAACUACAAUUUUCUCAAGCUUCCUCCACUUUAUUAUUAACUAAUAAAUUAAAAGGGUACAAAUUCAAUAACAACGGUAAUAAUUUAGAUCCCACUAAAAACAUUCUAGAAAUUCCAUUAUCACAAGAAAUUAAACUUAAGCCUUUAAAGACAUUCUUUGUUACUACAACCAAUCAAUUAUUUAUCUUUAUGUGA